UUCUCGUCUUUCAUCUUCUUCUUUCUCAUCACUUCUGUCUUUCUUUUUUCACUUUGAAAUUGAUUUGCCCAUUGAUUAACCAUAGUUAAAGGGUAAAUUCAGUCAACAAGCAAGAAUAACUCACUACUUAUUGGCCAACAAUCAUGUCAGUCAAAGAUUCACCAAUCAAUUGUGUCUUUUGUUGAUCACUUUAUAUUGUCUACUUUUCAGUUUCCUCCAAUUUUCACUGUUCGUCUUCAUUCAAAUUCGUGAUUCUCUGUGUUCAUCUCAUCUACAUCUCUCCAUCAUCCUUAACAUCCUCAUUAUUCUCAUCUCAAUUCAAUUUUCUCUCAUGCUUUAAGCAUUUCUGGCUCUUUUAAUACAUUCAUUGUGAUUUCACUGCCAAUCAUCAAGCGUAUUUUGUUGCCGUUACUCCUGUUAUUGCUCUUGUUUAUUUAUUUACCUUUUCAUCACUCCAUCUUGCUAUCAUCACCAGCCACCCUUUUUACCUACAUUUUUAUCAACAUUUCAUCUACAAACAAAUAAGUUUGCCUUUUGUGUAACAGUUUAUUCUGUCAUCUUUUGUUAAAUCAACACCAAAAAUCAUACAGUUCAACCUUUUCUCUCUUCCAUCCAACACUUUGUUUGAUUUAUUAUUUUACCUUAAUUGGUUUCAUUUUGGGAUCUCACUUUUAUUUACUGUGAAAACACAAAUUGAAAUGUUUACUUUUGUUUACCACCGUUAACAUUAAAGCCUUUGAGCAGUGUUAAUCUCACCAUUACCUUAAAAAAGUCCACAAUCAAUACUUUUGUUUCAUUCUUGAGAUAACAAAAAAGGCUCUAUCUAAUUAAUAGUAAAUACCAUCAACAACAACAACAAUACUUAAUGAUUUCAUUAAGUUUUCCGUUCAAGGAUAAUCGCGUAAUGAUAACAACAAAAAUCAACUGUAAUCACCACCAAAGGAACCACAGUUAACACCCAAGAGUAACACCAAAAACCUAAGCAACAAUUAACAAUUUUUGCCAAUUGAACUCAAUGAAACAAAACACGGUUCAAAUCAAGUUAAAUUGUUUUGUCUAUUUGUUUAAAUUGUACAUAAUAUAUGAACAAAAACGUGAAUCUCUUGAGGUGAUCUAAAUAUUAUGAAUACAACAAAAUCAACAGCCGCUUUUGACCAAAAAAAUAGCCAACUGGAAGCAAAGUGAAGCUCAACCUGACAACAAAAACAUCUUUUCUCAUCAUAAUUUAAUGCCAUUUAACCGCCAUUUUAUAAAUGUAAUUUCACUCUCAGUUUUACCUUUUCCCCAUUUCACAGUUUUGAUAAUCAUAUCAAUCCAUCUCAAUCCAUCAAUCCCCUGAAAACUAUGAACAUAUCCAAUUCACCGGCAAUCGCAAUUACAUUUCGUUGUAAUUGCAGUCAACCUCUCCAUGCCAGGACAAUUGGAUUUCUUGCCGAUUGGAUAUCUGCUUAUGUCUUCAUCAAAGGAAACAAAGAACGUCUGGUCUUGUAUUUUCUGGUCUCAUUUUUGGGAACCUUUUUGACCAUUUUUCUAGUCUUAUCCAUACGUUUGUAUGUUCAAAAACGCCGAGCUAUUCGUUUACUUAAGGAAACAGCGCCUUUGGUCUCACCUAUAUCAGAUAUUUCCUAUGAAGCCCACCGGGACACUACAUUAGAUCCACUGGAUAUAAGUGUACCCACCAGUCAAACAACAUUAAAUCACGGACCUAAUGGUCACCAUCAGCAUCACCAUUUACAUCAUUCUCAUGCCCAUCAACCACACAGAUACCCUCAUCCUUUGACAACCACUUUAACCUCCGUCGGUGGGGGCGGACAUACACAGACUCACCUUGAUAGUCAAUAUCAACCUUUACUGGUCUCACCUCGACAUCAUCAUUCACAUUCACAAUCUCAAUCACCCCAACAAUCGUCUCGACAAGAUUCCUCUACACUCAAUAAUUCAUUGUCUAAUCAAGCAAAUACAUCAAAUAAUAGCUCUAAUGCCACUAGAAACGCUGACAGUAACAACAGUCCCAAUAAUAAUUUAAUAGUAAAUAGUAAUAUCACUAACAGCCUUGUUAAUAGCAACGAUAAUGAUAAUUUGACGCCACCAAUUGAUGAUGCUCGACUAUAUGCAACUGUACCAUCAUCAAGCCAACGACGAAGUACAAGAGAAUCAUCAUCACCUCGAACAAUUACCACAAUAUCAAGCGAUAAUAGUCCAAGAACAACACUAGGAUCGCUAAAUAAUCCUCGAAGUAGCUCAAGACCGCCAAAUGAAAUCAUAAUUGGCUAUUCCUAGGAGAUUCUUGGAAGCAAAUUAUGAUUGAUUCAUACAAACAACUGUUUUAUGCAUUUACUUCUGGAAAUAAACAGAUACUAAAUUACUUCAUCAGUUGAAUGACAAUUAUCCAGUAGCAUUCCAGUUUGCCGGAUUCGAAUUGUUCAUUAUGAUUCUCACAUCACAGGAAAAUACUUCCCAUUAACCGGUUAUCACUAUUUACCAAUUAUGGAUCGUUUACCAUCAGAAUGAAUUAUUGGCUUAUGGUUUCCCAAAUAAUUAAACGGAUUUCCUGAACAAAUGUUUCAUUGAAAGUAUUAACAUCGUUCGCAUCUCAGUCAAAACUGGUAACCAUCAAUCUGGUCAACAAAUUGCAAUUGUAAUUAACCAGUUAACUCAGUUACCUAACUGAUCAAUUCAUUAAUUGCCAUCAACUAAAAACAAGCUAUAAAAUUGAUUAUUGCUUUUCUACUCCAACCUUGUGUUCAAUAGCAUCAAAUCUACCUCCUUUUUUUGUAUCAUCUUUACCUCAAAUCUUUGCCUUCUCGCCUUGCUGAUGAAAAACAAAUUAAUUGGUUCCCGAUUGAGAACUAAUUUGGUCAAUUACUACUUAUCCUAAUUGUCCGUUUAAUCAAUUGACUUUGUUUCAAUGAAAUUAUCUCAAUCAACUCUGUUGUUUUUCUUUUCCUUCUUGCACCAUUUCACCUUGCCAUUCAUCAUUAGUAAAUUAAGAUUAACUAUUGAAAUUUGAUUACAUAUUAACAGCUAAAAGUAUAAAAUAUUAAUUAAUCAAAAUCGAAUGUAAUUUAUUAAUAAAUUUAUAAAGAGUUUAUCUGAAAUGAAGCUAUUUAUAUACGUUA